AGCCGCACCCCGGGAGGCUCUCGGGGAGCAGGCGGCGGCGGGCCACCGAGCGCCAUGGCGGCGGUGUCACCGGUGUGCGGCUCACAAGCGUCACCGGUCGGCGCCUCGUCCCCACCGGCGCCCGCAACGGCUCCGGCCACCGGCCUGGGCCGCUGCCGCAUGGCGCUGCUGCUGGCUGUAGCCUUGGACGUGGCGGGCAUGGCGGCGCUUCUGACCGGCGUGUUCGCGCAGCUGCAGGUGCGUGGCCGCGACUUCGGGGACCUGCUCAUCUACUCUGGGGCGCUGCUGGUCUUCUUGAGCCUGCUGGGCUGGAUCCUCUGGUACACCGGCAACAUCGAGAUCUCGCGCCAGGAGCUCGAGCGCGACUACGGCCUGAGGCCCUCGGCGAUCGCCCGCCUCGCGCGCAAGCUGUCCCGCCGCUGGUCGGCGCCCGCCACCGCCGGUCCCCGGGCGUCACCGGGUCUCCGCGCAGCGCGCAGAGCCGCCCGCGCGCCCCAGACAUCCGCCUCCGGCUCCCGCCGGGUGCGUCUGCAGCUCGCCACGCUCGAGGCGGGGCCUGGAGCGGCUGGCGCGGGCAGCGAGUGAGCCCCAGACAGCCUCAUCCCCCAGGACCUACAGAUGCGCAGCUGCCCUGGACAUCAAGCAGCCACCAGGAUACCUGCCUGUUCCCUCACUUGGAUAAAUGUCUCGGUUUUGGA